GCUGCCAACUCCAUAACCAAAAACAAAGAGAACACAUGACAUGACAUCAACCUUUUUCAGGAUCUUCUCUCUCUUCCAAACCCAACUCAUCACAUCACUUUUUUCUCCCCUCACAUUUUGUCUGAAAUCAAAACCCACGAAAAUCACUCGGGAAAAUGUUUUUCUGACAUUUCAUUCGCUAGCUUCAUUGUCUCUAUAUUAAUCAAAUCCAAUGUAAUAUGUGAGAUCGAUUCGUUUUGCAUUCUAUCGAAUCUGUGUUUGUUUUUGAAUUCUGGGUUGUCCAUCAAAAUCAAAAUAAAGGUGGUUGCAUUAAUUCGAUCUUCUCAUCAAGGGGUCAUUUUCGUCCGAAGAAAAAUAUGAGGGAGAAGCUGGGAAUUUGUGUUUUCAUCUGGUUUGUUCUACAUGAAUCUUGUGUGGGUAGGUUUGUGGUGGAGAAGAACAGCCUGAAGGUGACGUCACCGGGGUCGCUGAGAGAUGUCUACGAAUGUGCGAUUGGGAAUUUUGGGGUUCCUCAAUAUGGUGGGACCAUGGUUGGGACUGUGAUUUACCCAAAAUCCAAUCAAAGGGGAUGUAAGGGUUUUGAUGAUUCUUUCAAAUCAAAUCCUGGUGGCCUCCCUAUUUUCCUUCUUGCUGAUCGAGGAGAAUGUUACUUCACCCUGAAAGCAUGGAAUGCACAGAAUGCAGGAGCAGCUGCCAUUCUAGUUGCGGACGACAGAGUUGAGCCUUUGAUCACCAUGGACAAACCAGAAGAAGAGGACGCGCGCGCAGAUUAUCUCCAAAAAAUAAGCAUCCCUGCAGCACUCAUUAGCAUAUCCUUGGGGAAUAACAUCAAGAAAGCUUUAUCAAACGGUGAGAUGGUCAACAUAAACCUCGAUUGGAGAGAGUCUGUACCACAUCCCGAUGACCGGGUCGAGUAUGAGUUCUGGACCAAUAGCAACGACGAGUGUGGGCCCAAAUGCAAUAGUCAGAUUGCUUUCGUCAAGAGCUUCAAAGGUGCGGCUCAGAUUCUUGAAAAGAAAGGGUACACUCAGUUUACGCCGCGAUACAUAACGUGGUAUUGUCCAGAGGCCUUUAUAUUGAGCAAACAGUGCAAGUCUCAGUGCAUUAACCAUGGAAGGUACUGUGCUCCGGAUCCGGAGCAGGAUUUUACUCGAGGGUAUGAUGGGAAAGAUGUUGUUUUACAGAAUUUAAGGCAAGCUUGCCUUUUUAAGGUGGCCAAUGAGAGUGGAAAACCAUGGGUUUGGUGGGACUAUGUGACUGACUUUUCAAUCCGGUGCCCUAUGAAAGAGAAGAUGUACACCAAAGAGUGUGCGGAUCGAGUCAUUGAAUCACUCGGGAUUGAUGUCAAGCAGAUAGACAGAUGUAUAGGAGAUCCUGAUGCAGAUGUAGACAACCAGGUCCUCAAGUCUGAGCAGGAAGCACAGAUUGGCAGAGGCUCACGUGGGGAUGUGACAAUAUUACCAACUCUUGUCGUAAACAACCGACAGUAUAGAGGUAAGCUGGACAAGAGUGCAGUUCUGAAAGCCGUCUGUUCAGGUUUCCAGGAGACUACAGAGCCUGCCAUUUGUUUAAGUGCAGAUAUAGAAACUAAUGAGUGUCUACAAAACAACGGUGGAUGCUGGCAGGACAAGGCUUCUAACAUCACUGCAUGCCGGGAUACUUUUCGAGGGAGAGUGUGUGAAUGCCCCAUUGUGCAGGGUGUAAAGUUUUUUGGCGAUGGUUAUACUCAUUGUGAAGCUUCAGGUGCUUUGCGGUGCGGAUUGAAUAAUGGAGGCUGUUGGACGAAGACCCAAGAGGGCAGGACCUAUUCAGCUUGCAUUGAUGAUCAUUCAAAAGGUUGCAAGUGUCCACCCGGAUUCCGGGGUGAUGGAGUGAAUACUUGUGAAGAUAUUGAUGAAUGCAAAGAAAAGUUAGCCUGCCAAUGCUCACAAUGCAAAUGCAAGAAUACAUGGGGCAGUUAUGACUGUAGAUGUGGUGGCAGCAAUUUGUUGUAUAUGCGAGAACAUGACACUUGCAUAAAUGCAGGUAAAGAUGCUAAUAGAGAAGUCGGCUGGGGCUUUAUUUGGGUAAUUAUUCUUGGUUUGGCUGCUGCUGGACUAGGUGGAUAUGCAGUUUACAAAUACAGAAUCCGGAGCUACAUGGACUCUGAAAUUCGGGCUAUCAUGGCGCAAUACAUGCCGUUGGAUAAUCAAGCAGAGCUCCCUAAUAACCCUGCUCCCUAUGCAUAUGCGUGAAGCUGUGAAGCUGAGGUUCUGCCAACAUCCCUUCAGUUAAUGCAAUGCAUUUCUCUCCGUUUAUUUUUUGGGGAGUUAUGUUUUCUUGCUGAUAUUUACGUGUACAUGACCAAACCUAGUGCACAAUAAGCUUCCCAUACGGGGCAUUUUCCUUGCAGCCAACUGGCCCGAUGAUUUUAGGUAUAGUUUUGUUUUUUCCCCCCUAGUAUUUCUUUUGUCCUAUGUCUUAUUUAUUGACAAUAUGACACAGUAGUGGUGUAAUAGAUAUGAAAUGACAACGGGCUAAGACACAAUCAGAAUCCUUACCUUGUGAUGGGUUUCGGGAUC